AUGGUUUCGGGUAAAGCCGAGCCGGUAUUCCCCGCGCAAGUAGAAGCUGGCGGUGCAUACGUCUCCAACAAGGAGGCCAAGGCGUUCUAUUGGACGGCAACGAUGCGGCCCGUGCGGGAGGGCCAGAUGCAAGCAAUGCUGCGAGCUGCUUUUGAGGAUGGGUGGCCGAGCCCUUUUGGUAAGUCUGCAGAGGACGUGGCAAGCUGGCUGUGGACCGACCUGCUGGCCAGCAACCCUUUCGGAAACUAUGGAGUCCUGGUGCCCUGGCCGGAGGAGGACGACGACCAGUUGGGCCACGGCGGUUGGGUGGCCUACUCACGGAGGCAGGUCUGCUACAUCACGGCAAAGAGCUUCUUCGGUGGGAAGCUCUGGAGGUUCAACAGCGGGCUGUUCCGGCUGAUGGACAUGUGCACGGGCGCCUGUGACUUUCGGGCCUCCUUUGCAACCCUUCUGGCAGCGUGCGCUGCCGACGAGACGCUGGCGGACGGCAAGCAGGGUCCAAUGAUCCUUGUGGCAAAGGCUGGAGUCGCGCCAGCGGUGGCGGAUGUGAGAGCCUUGGCCGAGAAUGUCAAACUGGAGCCCUCCGGGCUGCGCAUGUGCGACUACGACGCUGAUGCGGGGGAGUUCGCAAAUGUCGAGUCAGUACCAUCAUCGGGCUGCUUGCCGCGCAGUGCGAGUGCACCGGGGGUGGACUUCAUGACGGGUGGCUUAGAGGGCCAAGUCACCCAAGAUAUUUCUGCCUCAUGGUUUGGGGGCUACCUCUUCGAUGCGAAAGCAUGCGGACUCGGUGGUGGACAGGAUGAGCGCCUCUCUGUCUACUUCCCGGAAGUCACCGUGCUGGCGUACUUCUUGUCGAGGAGCAGCCCGUACCCCCAAGUGCGGCAGCCGGUUUGGUUCCUGGGCACCCGGAACUUCUUCAAAAACCUGGAUGGCACGGCUCGCUUCGACUCGCCUUUGGUGCUUUCAGACAUUCCCGUCGACGAUCGUGACCUUGAGAGCAUCACCCUGGCUGGCAACUCAUACCAGAUCGACAGGUCGAGGCCCGUGGUGGUUUUCAUGAGCGAGAGCCAGGGUUUUUUCACGGAGUCGCGGCCAAAUCUGGAGCUGGCACGUACAAAUCGGCUGGAUAGCCAACGAGACAUGGGUUCUGGAAAGUAUGCUUUCGAGAAGCAGGUGCGGGCGUGGUAUCGCUCCAUGGCGCUGGACUCCUACGACGAGGCUAUCCGACCCAUCCUCAAGAAGCUGAGCCGCUCCGUGGGCGCAGGGCCAUGGCUUGCUGGGCUUUGGUGGGGCGACUCGCAGCUCGGCUUCCUGGCUGCCUGGCUUGGGCAAGUGCUGGCAGCUCACACCUGGGGUCAGCCUCUUCCCCUUGACUACUACCUCUACGCUGACUUCACAGAGAACCCUGGCAAUAUGUGCUACAUCUUACCGGGUGAGGCCUGCGAAAAGUGCCUGGACAUCUGCCAGAGUCCAGAUCCACCCUCCAGUGCGUAUUGGAUGCCGGACAACGCGUAUUUCGAUGGGCGGCCAUGCGUUGAGGACAAGUCCAUCUGCGGCCAGAAAGGCUUUGACGACAUCGUCGGGGCGUUUCUCGGAAGGAGCGUUGGGGAUGUGUGGAGGGAGAUUGAGAGCAAAGUGGCGGCGAGCCCUGUGUCUGUCAAUGUGUUCGAUGCACUCCUCAGUGCACGCCGGCUGCAAGUCUUCCCGUGA